UACGGAAGACACACAUUCUCUCAGAUUCUCCAUCAAAAUUAUGCUUCUUCAAUUUUCCACUUGAUGUUUUUGUCGCCCCACUUUUUCUGUGGUGAAGGCUACUCAUCAUUCUUCUACAAAUUAUUUGUCUCAAUAAGCCUCUCCAUUAUACAUCUCCACACUCCAUCGUUUUUAAUCAUCUCCUUUACCAUUUCAUCUGUUUUCAUUUGUGCUUGCCCUUUCUCAUUUCUUUGUCUCUGAACUCUUUCUUGUUUUCAUCCCGAGCUCAUCUCCACUUCACUGCCUGCCUCUUCUUUUCUUUUUCUGUUCUUUUUCAAUGGAGGCUGAGGCACUUUACAGUUUCAGAGCGACUGAAUGUGAUGAGAUCAGUUUCCAGAAGGGUGACAUCCUGAAGGUGACAAACAUGGAUGAUGAUCCAAACUGGUACACGGCUGAGCUGUUUGGUGGGCGGGGCUAUGUUCCGAAGAGCUAUAUAAGUGUAAGACCUCACACGUGGUUUUUGGGUGGAAUAUCACGGCAGGCUGCAGAAAAUCUUUUGAGACCGCUGGAGUGUGGAGCGUUUCUCAUCAGGGAGAGUGAGAGCACACCAGGAGAGUUCUCCGUGUCUGUCAGUUAUGGGGACCAUGUGCAGCACUUUAAGGUACUGAAAGAUAGAUUAGGGCAGUUCUUCAUAUGGGAUGAAGUCUUCAGCUCCCUCAACCAGCUUGUGGACUUCUACAAAAUCAACAGCAUUGCCAAAGAGAGAACAGUCUUCCUGAAAGAGCCUGAGAGAUCAUUAGCUAGGCCACGUCAUGCCCAUGCCCUCUUUGACUUCACAUCCAAUCGUGCAAGUCAUCUACGUUUCUUGCGCGGUGAUGUCAUUGACCUGCUCGACUUUUCGGAUGCUCAGUGCUGGAGGGGGCGGUGCCGUGGAAGAGUUGGCGUGUUUCCACCAGAGUACGUGCAGCCAAUUUACCACUGAACUUUCUUUUUUCUGCAUGUCACCAUCCUGUACAGCUAAACUCACUGAAUGAGAACCCAAGACAUAUUCAUCAAUUACACAUACUCUUCAUACAUCUGAAGGUAAACUAAGCAUUCUUCCUUGUUGAUUGCUUUCAGAAAGCAAAUCAGAAAUCAGUUAUAACUUGCCAACAAACCAGUUUUGUAAAACCCUUUAUAACUAUUGUAACACCCUUAACAACUAUUAAGGGUGACAGACUGUUCACUGUCAUUUACUCAUUGAUCAGCCACCA